AAGUUCACAGGGUCUCAGCGAUAUUCAACUAAGACGAGUUUACCCUGACUCAUUUUGCGGUUUUAUUUGUGUAAAGAAAAAGAGAUUUGAACUUCUAGUAUUCCCAUUUCGUCACGACGGUCGCUACCGAAAGGACCAUACUUUCAGCCUUACUUUACACGACGACUUGGAGUUUUCAUUCUUGCGCUUAGAUCCUCUUGUCUUUCUGCUUCUGGACUGUCCUACGUAUUAUUUUUCGCCAACACAACCCUUCGAAGUCUUUGUCUUAAACAAUGUCGUCCAUGAUCCAGCCCCCCGUGAUGGCGGCGAGCCUGCUGGAGCACGCGCAGCGCGAGAUUGUAUCAAAUGCAAAAAUGUCUGGCUCUGAGAGAUUGCGAGACUUGUCAUGCUUGUGUGGCAUGACCAAAAAGUUUGUAAUGCGUGGCCAAGAAGAGACCCUUUUGCUUGUCAUGCAGCAACGCAGUUUGUCAUGCGAAAAACGCAACACAAAGAAGCGCAGAUAUUUCUCGUCAUGCUUGGCUGUGCAUUACAGAGCAUUCACUAUUCCCAACGCAGCAUUACAAGUUUCCAGACCCAGACACUUUUGCAUUUGAUAGAUUGAGCUUUUCGCCGAUGAAGCUGUGGCGAAGAUCAACGACGACAUGGUCCAGAAGGAGGGCAUAUGGAUUGCAAAAGUAUCGUACUCGUAUAAAUGCAUUACAAAUUUCCUCACCAUGAGAAAUAAAAUUUGUAAUGCAGAUUUGCCUUGGGAACAAGAUUUGUAAUGCAAGACUUGCAUUUGUACGAGUGCGAUACUUUUGCACAGGAUAGGGCAAGAAAACGGUGGACACGCUCAACAAGGCGAUUCCAGCGUAAGAAUUUUUGUUUUUUCUUUUCUAACCACAACUAGGAUACUAUGGCAUUGUCGUGCAUGACGAAUGCUUUGCUUUAUGCCAUGCAUGCAUGACAAAGCGUAAGCGAAUUCAUAAUCAUAUUUCGUAAUUCAAAAUCUCCAGCUGGCUCGCCAUGCUGCUGAAGGAACAGUACGACAUUCUGACGACCCGCAUGACGCAGGCCUUCUCGCACAUGCUACAAGGGUUGCAGGCGGAUCUGCUCGAGUCGGCCAAAGCGGACGACAAACGCAUGCGGGAUUACGUGCAGAACUUUUUCCAGAAACUUUCCAUCGCGGCCGACGUACGGCGGCUGAAGACCCAGAUGGAACAGGCGCAGUUGGACAUCUAUGAGAAUCUCAGAUCGGUUACCUUCUCAACUGUUGCAUGAAUUUGUCAUGCAAAACUACCAUGAUACAUCAUGAACAUGAUCAUCCACACGAUCAAGCUGCUUCGCAUGACAAAUUUGCAAAGGGCUAAACAGCACCUAAAUGAUCUGUGCGGAAUUUGUAAUGCUACAGGGGCAGCAACCUCCCCCCUUUGACUUUUGCUAUUUUUGCAUUACAAAUUCGCGUAACUGUUGAGAAUCUAAACUGAUUUGGGAACGCCAUAACAUCCGGAGACUCCAGCAGGACUACGAAUCCAAUAUCAAGAACGGACUGCAGCCCGAUGUGGAGAAGGCGGAAAUCCAGAUUGCGGACUUGAUUUCCAUAUUCUGAGUAAAAACGUCCCCACCACAGAGUCAAGAUGGGGAUUUUGCAACACAAACCUUGAAGUUUUGGGAACCACGCAUGACAAAUUGCAGGCUGUAGUGUAGUGCAGUUUAGCAAGGGAAGCCGCAUCACAAAUUCAUCUCCUUAUCCUGUUUAUAGCAUUACAAGUUCCAAAACACGAUUGGAAAUUCUUCUCGUGGGGAUGCGCAUGACAAGCGCUCUGGUGCUUGCAGAUCUGCAUUACAACUCUGGGGUGGGUACGUUUUUACAUAGGAUAUUCCAACGUGAAUCGCAUCGAAAACGACAAGAUGGUGGAGGAGGUGCACAUAUGCAUUGCAAAAGUCUGCUCGUACAACUAGUAUAAAUCGCAUGACAAAUUGGCUCAGCAUUACAAAUGUAAUUUGUAAUGCGGAUUUCCCUUUAUUACUAGAUUUGUAAUGCAUGACUGCGAUUACAACUACGAGUGCGAUGCUUUUGCAUUGGAUAGCACAAAUUGGAGGACAAAAUCCUUCUAGAGGGGGAGAAGGUGUUAGACAUUGUCGAAACAAAAACGGUCGCUCUGAAAGCGUGGCAACGAGACAAAAUGAAGGAGUUCCAGGACCAAACCACCGACAAAGUGGACAAGUUCGAGGAGAAAGUCGACGUGAAAUUGAAAACGUACGAAACUUCGAACAAAAACCAGUGGCUCUGGAACGUGCACCAGCACUGCUACGCGGAAGCAGACGCGGAGAAAGACGACCCGGCGAACCUGAUCCUGGACUACAGUACCGCCUCGAUCAAUUCCGCCGGUCCGCACCCGCCGCGCUUGGUCCCGAAAACGGUGUUGGCAAAGAAGCAGCAGUAUGAGCUCCCAACCGAAACAGUGGCGUUGAAGGAGCACAACGUGUUAACUGACACGGGAAUCACCCCCACCGAGUUGAACAAACAGCAAGUCCUCUAUUCGCAAGAUUUCUUCUUCUGCAUGGUGCCCAAUUGCUACUUGAAACUGAUCAUCGGGGAGGAAGUUUGUCACGCGACCGUGGAGGAAAAAAGACAGGCGAGCGCUACGACCUCCACUUCGCAGCCGCGCCGGGUCGUGGGGUGUUACCUGGUCUUGCAGUUUCCGAUAUGCAUUGCAAAUAUGUCUGGGUCUGGAAACUUGUGAUGCAAGUCCGUGAACAAUAAAUGCUCUGUAAUGCGCCGCCAACCAUGACAAGUUUUUUCGUGCUUGUGUGCUGCGUAUUUCGCAUGAGAAACUGCGCUUUUGCAUCACAGGCAAGCGGGCCUCUUGGUGGCCACGCAAUACAGAGUGCAGAGUCAUGCCAGACUAGCAUGACAAAUCUCGCGAUAUUCCAGACCCAGACAUACUUGCAUUUGAUAUCCGAAGGAGGUGGAUUACGAAAGGUCCACGAUCCGUGUCGAGAUGAACAUGAACGGGCUGCUAUCUUGAGUAAAAGCGUCCCUACACCAGAGUCAAGAUGCGAAAUCCACUAUACAAAUCCACCAGCUUUGGUUGUUUCGCAUGACAAGUUUGUCAUCAUAGUGUAAUCCUGUUUAGCUAGUUCAGAAGCAUCACAGAUCCAGCAUAUCCUGCUGAUUCUAGCAUCACAACUUCCAAAACACGAAUAGAAAACGCUUCUCAUGGGGAUGCGCAUUACAAACGUUCUUGUGCUUGCAGAUCUGCAUGACAACUCUGGGGUGGCGACGUUUUUACACAGGAUAACUCCCUGCGAUUUCGGACGGCCGCGGGCCGCGGUUCGUGCAGCAGUUGAACCGCGUGACGGAAAUCGGGUUUCCGAAUCUCGUAUGAACUGCAAAUACGUCUGGGUCUGGGAGAAUGCGAGAUUUGUCAUGCUAGUCUGGCAUGACUCUAAACUCUGUAUUGCGUGAGCGCGAAGAGCUCUCCUUGUCUGUCAUGCAAAAACUAAAACGCAGUUUCUCAUGCGGAGCACGCAACUCUGAACCACGGAAAGACUUGUCAUGCUGGGCAGGGCAUUAAGUUGCGCUCACUCUUCCCUUUCUUGCAUCACAAGUUUCCAGACCCAGACAUAUUUGCGAUUGAUAGCACGGUGUGGCGAACGUCUUGCGGAAGGGGAAGAUUGCGAUCGAACUGUUGACGUUGGAGUUGGAUUUUAUCCAAGAAAAAAACGUUGUUAGUGUAAAUUUGUGAUGCGCAACACGCAAGAUGAUUGCGUCUGUCAUGCUUGGCAUGCGUCAUAGGUUCCAUCAAAGGGCAUUUUCCCGUACUAUCUGCGCAUGACAGGUUUUUGCUGUCAUGCCAGACAAAUUUGUAAUGCUGUUCCUCCAGAAAAGUUACACCUACAAUGUUUUUUUCUUGGAUAGAUUUGAAAUGGAGACUACUACCCGGUUUAAACGAGACGCAAAGGCAAGUCGACGCGCGUUCGACGUUGAACCAGGAGAUUAUGGAAGUGUCAGAAUCGAAAUUGACAAAAUCGAAAUGAUUUGCCAUGCAUAAAAUGGAUUCCAGCUCGAACCCAGUUUCUAAGUUGCGCAUCACAAAUUCUGGUGGUGCCUAAGUCCACUUUGUAAUGCUGUUUAGGCAAAGAAGACAGGAGAUUCUCUCAUGCUGCUUUAGCAGCUCGAGCUAUUACCCCAAACACGCUUACAAUCGGCCUCACUUGCCUGCUCUGCAACACACGUAUUUCGCGUCAUGCAUCUUAUGCAUCACAAAUUUUUCGAUUUUGUCAAUUUCGAUCCUGACAGUUCCAUAGAAAUUGAGAUCAUGAGGGGGCGGAACGUGAAGUCGGUUUCCUGGCAGAUUCCCAACAUCCUGAACAUUUUAGAUUCCCCGGACGAGGAAGUGAGGACGGCACCCAUUAUCUCCCCCUCGUUCACCUUAGCCGGGAUCGACCAAGUCCAGUUCAUUUUCUACCCGAACGGCUACCAACCGGCGUACCAGGACGCGUGUGGGUUGUUUCUCUGCUGUCCGCGCGGGGGGUGCUACUUGAAGGCCGAGGUGUCCAUUGGGGGACUGGCGAAAAACACGAGAUUGUACCAACACGAAUACACGAACAAAGAGUUGACUUACGGCAGGGGGUCCUUCUGCAACGUGUACGACGGGAUAGACAAAGUGACAAACACAAUUGAAAUCACGGCGAAGGUGUUGGACGGGUACCAGUACAAAACGAAGUUAGGGGAGGCGGACAAGAGUAUCAAAAGGAAAAAUCCCCCCUCCUCCCCAUAAUCAAAACGAAGUUUCUGAUGCUGGAUUUGCGUACACAAAUCCGAUUUGUCUUGCAGUAAGGCACUGCGGCCAGAUGAUCCGCAGUCUAGGUGGGAGCGUUUGGGUAUAGUUGUUCAGCAUUGCAAACAGCUACCCUCUAGGACCAGCAGCAUGCCAAAUCGUUUCCGCAAUUGGUCGGAUGCCUCUGCGCUUGUCUUCUUGCAAGACAAACCUGAUUUGUGGUCGCAAAUCAGCAACGCAAAUUUUCGGAAAUAUACCUGUUCAAUAUGGGGAGGGGGGAUUUUUCCUCUCGAUAAAGAGUCUUUUGAAAGUCUGCCUCCACCCGUCCGUGGACGGAAUUCAGGAGAUCAAGGCGUUAUUUGGUGCGGAAACCGACGAUGUGGAAAAAGCUCGGGCACGGCAGGCGUUCCGGAACACCAGUCUAGCGUCCAAAGGGAUCAUAUCGAAUGCAAAAACAUCUGGGUCUGGAAGGUUGGAACCUGUGAUGCUAACUCUGGACUCUAAAAAAAUCUGUAGUGCAUGACCAGCGAUGGGAGUCUAGCUUCUGCUACGCGGAGAGGGCGUUUGCCAUGCGGAAUAGGCAUCAGGAAGCCCUCUAAAAAUCUGUGAUGCUAGGUCGUGCAUUACAGACAUCCUGGGUCAUGCAAAACAUGCAUGACAAGUGCAAGUCUCAGAACCUUCCAGACCCAGACAUUUUUGCAUUUGAUAGAUCAACAACGUCGGGUCAAGUCCGCGGUUGGGCCAAGAACGUAUGGCGUUCUCAAACGUUACAUUCUCAACUGUUACGGAUUUGGCACGGAUUUGGAUGCUGUUUAGCCCUUCGGAGAUUUGUCAUGCCAAGCAGCUUGAUCAUCUACCGGCUCAAGGUAGUUUUGCAUGACAAAUUCAUGUAACAGGUCAGAAUGUAACGUUUGAGAACGCCAUAGAACGGGGACCGUCGCCGGACUCUGAAACACGGAAGAUGAAAAAGUCGCAGUCCGGUUCCCCGCUCGGCUUCGGCGGUCAUUUGUCCAUCGGGAAAACGGCAAAGAACGAGAAAUUCCACCUCUCCCCAAACCAGUUGGAAAAAACCUCGAAGAUCAACAACCAACUGCCCCCGAUUGUCACGCCCGGUGGGCAGUCGUCGCCUGUGAAUCAGAAAAGAGCGAGGAUUUUGAACAACAAACUCGAGCAGAGUCCCAUUCUCGCGAAGGAGCUGAAGCGCCAGCAGUUGGAGCAGAAGGAGAAGGAGUUGGAGAGAAGGAAAAUGGAGCGGAAACAGGAGCAAACGAAUCGGGCGAUGCUGAAUUGGAAAAAGGUGAAAAAGAUCGUGGAGAAGAUGUCCUUAUCAAAUGCAAAUAUGUCUGGGUCCGUCUGGGAGAUUGCGAGCUUUGUCAUGCUAGUCUUGCAUGACUCCGAACAUUGAUUGUAUUGCGUGGCCGCAAAGAGCUCCUCUGGGCUGUCAUGCAAAAACGCAGCUUCUCAUGCGGCGAUCGCAACUCAGAAGCUCACCGGAAAACUUGUCAUGCUCGGCAGCGCAUUACAGUGAUGUGCUCACUAUUCGCUUCCUUGCAUCACAGGUUUCCAGACCCAGACACAUUUGCAAUGCAUAGUCCUACGUCAGACGGAUGAAAACACGGGAGAUGCUGGAUCGGGAUAGAGAACGGGGGGAAUUCCGCUGGAUGAACCAAUAUUGGGAAGAAGUUUUCGGCAACGAUGACGAGUGGCAAUUUGACCCGGUCGCGAAUAAGAAGCGGAAACAGCAGCAGAUGCUUGCGGAAACCUUGGAAGCCGGAUUGUCGUCCCUAUUGACCGCGAUCGGCGAGGUGAAGGCGGAACCGGAUAAACUGCCGUUAUUGUUAAAAAUAUCAAAUGUAAAAAUGUCUGGGUCUGGAAGAUUGCCAGGUUUGUCAUGCACGUUUUGCAUGACUCCUGAUGUCUGUGAUGCAUGCCCUAGCAUCACAGAUUUUUUGAGGGCCUCGCGAUGCCUAUUCCGCAUGACAAAUGCCCUCUCCGCGUAGCAAAAAUUGCACUCCCUUUGCUGCUCAUGCAAUACAGAUUUUUUUGGAAUCCAAACUCAGCAUCACAAGUUGCAUUCUUCCAGACCCAGACACUUUUACAUUUGAUAAAAAACUGUCGGGGACGAUUUGAAGGGGGUGAUGGGAGAGGUGGCGGAAGUAAUGGUGGCGAUCGAGAAUCCUGAGAAUGUAGUCGUGGACGAGGAGGGAGAGGUUCGGGUGGAAAAGAAGCCGGGAGAUUUGAAGAAAAAGAAGAGGAAAAAACAGACACGGGUUGCAGCUGCUGGCAACGAAGAUGUCAUCAACUGUGAGAUCUUAGGCGAAGAGGAGGAGGAUGAAGAGCAAGACUCUGAUGCGGAGGACGACAUUGCGGAGGCGCUUUUCGAAAUCGAAACAAAGGACUUUGAGGUCGAACAUAACGAAAAGUUGAGAAGGCGGAGCCGAAGCCCCAAAGCAGGAACAAAUGCGAGUAGCAAAGCCAACAGUCGAAAGCAGUCGCCGGGGUCGCCGCACAGUGCUUCCAAAUCCCCGCAUGGGGGCUUCCGCGACAACAAUUCAUCUACAAGGCCAGCACCAGGGAUGAAAAGUAAAUCACCGAAAGCUAGUACCUCUGGGAACAAGAAACCAGUCCCAACCGGCGGCGUCGCCAUUCCCGCACAGAAGAAACCGGCAACUACGACAUCCCAAACCGACACGUGGCCAAACCCGCUUCCACCCAAACCGGAAAAUGAAAACAAGCCGAACAUCGACGGGCCGGUCCCACCGCCGGUCAACAUCUACCCGCCGAACGAACCGCAGGAGGCGACGGUUUUGUACCACCCGCAUGGCUAUGCAUUGCAAAUAUGUCUGGGUCUGCAAGAUUGCAAGUACGUCUGCAUCCUGCAAAAAUCUGUGUUGCAUGAUUACCAAACGUUGUCCACUUUUGCCUAAGUCCAGAGGCAGUUUCUCAUGCAGGAGCGGCAUGAUAGAGAUCUCACAGGGCGGUCUGUCAUGCUGGGUCCAGUAUGCCAGACCUCAGGGGUCAUGGAUUUUCUGCAUGACAAGUCUUGCAUUCUUCCCGACCAAGACAGAUUUGCAAUGCAUAAUGGCGAAGAGCACUACCGGGACGAGUUGUAUUGGGAAUCGAAGUAUCACAUGUAAAAAUGUCUGGGUCUGGAAGGGUACGCCGUUUGUCGUGCACAUUUUGCAUGAUCCGUGAUGUCUGUGGUGCAUGCCCUAGCGUCACAGAUUUUGUCACGGCUUUCUGAUGCUCAUACUGCAUGAAAAAUGCCCACUCCGCGUAGGAAAUAGUGGGCCUCUUUUGCGGUUCAUGCAACACAGAUUUUACGUGUAAUCCGUAGGCAGCAUCACAAGUUGCCAUCUUCCAGACCCAGACAUUUUUGCAUUUGAUACGAAGGGCGAAGUCUUCCCCAUCAACCGGUUCGCCGAGUAUUCCCGGCCCUACAACGAGAAAGCGCGACAGGCGGAUGUGGAUUGGAAGGAACGGGUGAGGGAAAAGGAGGAAAAGCUCGGGCGGAAAUCGUUCCAAAUGUCGGAUAGAGACCGUGACAUUGCGGUUACGACGGAAGAAAAGUUUUACGACAAGGAUGGGAAGGAGAUCAUCGAGAUGAACAAGGAAAGCCAGCACGAAGAGAUGGCCCGGACGUUCAACACAACGUCUGUCGAUUUAGAGGGUAGUUCGGAAAAUAAUCCUUUGAACCAACUCCCGACGGAGGUCCAGCAAUUAACUUACCCGGAAGACAAUUCCCAAUUUUUGAACACGACCUAUUUUGAAUACGAUCCGACCAUGGGUUUUGUGUACCAAUUCGACCCGAACCGGUCCGACGGGUUUCCGAUAGCACGGUUGACGGCGGAGAAAUACCGGGAGUUUUACUACGAGGAGAUGGAGAAGGGGAUGAUUAGCUCCGAGAACGAGAAGUCCUUCCCUCUCCCGCCGGCACAUUUGCUAGACACGAUUGAGGAGAAAGAGGAGGAAAUAAGCGGUGCUCAACUACAGCAGACGGCAGAAGGUGGUGAUGGUACUUCUAGUGGAGGUCAAGAUCAUGCACCGGAGGCAAUUGACGCCCCAGCAGCCGGUGCAGCUGCAGCUGCUGGUGCACCUGCGCUGUACUACCCAUCCCCGUUUGCGUCGGAUUCGGAUGGGGAACAGGAGCACGUUGUUGAGCCUUCUGCUUCACUCGGUCAACCAGUCGUCGCAGCCACGAUCUCCGGCGACGCCAGUCCGCGGAUUUGGCGGGACAUCCCUGUACCGAUUACGUCGAUGGAGGAGUUACAAAACGCGACCUUCUCCAACACGUUCACCACGAGCGGGCAGCGCUCCUCCCGGAACACAAACACCUUCACGCUGACGAAUACAAACACCUUCACGUUCUGCUCAAAUGCCGAUCAAGAGUGUGCUCAGGAUGAUGACCUUGAAGAGAACCCCCAACGCACGACGUUUGAUGAGGAGGAAGCCUGCGCCAAUUUUCCUUCCCUCCUCCUUUCCCCCACCGACGAAGCAGGGAAGGAAAUCAUUGAGGGCGAGCAUAGCGAGGUCCUGAAACUCCCAAAUUCUAUUCUCCAGAAACCGGCGAAGCGGGUGAGAACGCGGCAAAUUUCGACUGGGGAGGUUUUAAUUUACGAUGAGUCGCAGUUGAAAAAACUGGUCGAACAGAAAUUUCAAGCGAACGACGGUAGGAAUUACUGUGGAGAGAUGGCGACCAGCAUGAUUGAGGUGGACGACUUCUACCCGCGAGACGACAGUCAUAUACUAGUGUCUGACAAAGCAACCGGGCAAACCAGUUUGAAGAGACAAGACCAGGCGGGUGUCUUGCGCGGGAAAUUGUUCAGUGCGAAAGUGUUGCGGUCCGCCUCACCGAAAGCAGACUCGUUUACGACGAUGAAUUCCCCCAGGAUGUUGAAUUACGUGCCUGAAAAAUCCACCGCGUUGUCACAGUCGCCCAAAUGUUCUUCACCUGGCAGGACUAAAUCCCUCUCCGCCUCCCCGUUGAGCCCGAUCAGCUUGAUGUCCGAGAGAAUCGUGGAAAAGACGCGGCUACAGGCGAUGGAGGAAUUGGAUAUCGAACAGCCGGAGAUGGCGUUGAAAAAGGAGCAAAAUCUGCUGAUGAAACCAAACAGAUUGAUUCACGACGCCAGAAUAAAUACAAGUUCGAACAAGCUUCAUCAUCUCCGCGGCACCGCUUCCGCCACUUUUUCCUCCUCCGCAGCGAGCACCAUGCUGGGAGGUUCGCCUUCUUCCCGCGCCACACGGAUUCUCUACGACGAUCACUUGAGAAAAACCCUCGACCAGCAAUCCGACCCGCGGUUUUACGACACGUUUUUCCCAAAAUCCUACAAAAGGUCCGAGCAGGCGGAGAAGUUUGAUAGAGCCGUGAAGAAAAUCUUGGGGUUGACCGUGAAACAGUUGGUGGAAAGAGCGGCUGUGAAAAAUAACAUCCGGGUUGGGAAAGCGGGCCAGAUUGAGGAGUUUGAUCAGCAUUUGCACUGUGAAGUGGAGGAGGACAGGUUUAUUCAGCAACUACCACUAACAAAAGAGAACCGGGGGCUGUUCAUGAACGAAAAGCAGAAGCAGAUGGAGAAGAAGAAUCCGUUUUUUUCCAGUAAAUGGAAUUUCGGCAGUGAGGACAAAUUAGACGUCAAUUUGGUUAAAGAGGAGGAACGAAUGCGGGCGAACAGGGAGAAGUAUGAAAAAGACGAGGAGGGGACAGUAGAUGCUGGUAAAGAACAAGAUCAGGACAUCAUCGACGCGUUGAAAAAGGCGGUUUUGCUAGGGACAAUCGACGACGAGGAUACUGUGGGCAAAGAACAAGCUGCUGACAAAGCGGAUCAUCCGGACGCCGCAACAGAAGUUUUUCCAUCCUCGGGUGCUUUCGUACGAUCUGCAUCCAAGCCAAAACAACCGGUCCCGCUUCGCGACGGGACGCUUCGCAUGAUGCACGGUAUCGGCAUGCCGGUCCCCGAGGCGAUCGGGCACCGCUAUCGGGAUAGAAACUACAGCCUGCGCAAGCAGAAAAAAUCCGCUGAAGAAGUUCUAGCGGAAGCGGGAACGAAGUUUGACCUUACGACGGCGAAGAGUAAAGUGGAAAGAGAUGAAACACACCAGGAGCAAGAAUUACCUCAUCAUACUGGUGAUCACCCAGGUGACAGCAGCAGUGCGUCGACUUCUGCGAAGAAAAGGGCGUUUUUGAAGAAUCCAAAACGGUCGAAUUCCUUCGAGUUCCCGCGGUCCGGGAAUGAUAGAAAGGAAAAGUUGAAAGACGUGAAGAAAUUCGAAAAGGAGUACGAUCUAGCCAGGAAGGGGGACUACCCUUUUCUGCGCGCCCCGGCGAAGGACGAGGAGUUUUUAGCGCAUAAGUUGGAACUAGAAUUAGACGAGGCCGGAGAUCGAGCGGUGACGCCGGAAGCAACGCGGGCUAGUAUGGACAAGAAGGUGGAGCGAGAGAUUCUGGAGAAAAUCAACGGCAACGGCUCGCACUACAAGAGGUCGCCGUAUGGGAUAAGUCAGGUGAAUUACAACAGCUAUUUGGGGGAAUUACGGAAGAAGGAAAUGGAGCAAAUGUUUCACCAGGACAAAUUGUUCUCGCUGCACCCGAAUAAAGGCGCUGGGGGAACUGGUAGUAAAACAAGUGGUGGGCGUGUAGUCGUGAAGGAGCAAAGCAUGACAAAGUCGGCUAGUACAGGGACAAUAGCAACACAAAGCUCACCUAGAAGUAGUACACAGCGCAAGAGGUUAACGGAACAGAGUUUGAAGGAAGAUCGGAGUCUUUUUCUCCAGUUCCAAUAUCAACUGUAAAAAUGUCUGGGUCUGGAAGAAUCCAACUUGUCAUGCUGAUUUUGGAUUCUAAAAAAAUCUGUAUUGCAUGAGCAGCAAAGAAAGUCAAGCUUUGCUACACGGAAAGGGCAUUUGUCAUGCGGUAUAGGCAUCAGGAAGCCCUCACAAAAUCAGUGAUGCUAGGGCAUGCAUCACAGACAUCAGGAGUCAUGCAAAAUGUGCAUGACAAACCUGACAAUCUUCCAAACCCAGACAUUUUUACAUUUGAUAUCCAAGCCGACGAUAUGAUGUUGAAGGACCGGGGGGACAGUGGGAAGGCGAAAUAUUAGGAAAAGAGAAAGACAUGGAGGACAGAUUUUAUUUAAAGUUUACACAUAGAACUAGAAGAAAAGCUGUGUCGUUUCUGGCAUCUGGCAUGCAUACCAAAUUUACGUUUUUCAAGUAUGGUUUCUUUUUUCAAGCAAUACAGCAUUUCUGCAGCCUACUUUUUAGCUACCCCUCUAGUUUGAAAAUUCUUUCUGUAUAAUUUUUUGUGUUGCAAGAAGUCCAAGCGCAAGUCCAAGUUGUCCAUGCCUCCCAAAGGUACUGCGUAAUUUGGAAAAUGCACGAGCCUAUGACCCAUUCCCAGUUUUUGCCAAGAGCUUGCCGAAG